UUACUGCUCACACAUUCAGGCCCAGUGAUACAAUAUAAACCAACAUAGUUCUGGUUUUGCUUCCACUGGAACUAUAGCCAGUGUUCAACUGCAUCCACAAUGACAAGACUUAUUCUACUCACAGGCCUUUGCCUGUUAUUUAUUCAUCUUGGUUCAGCCUAUCAGCUUAUAUGCUACUUCACCAACUGGGCCCAGUACAGACCUGAUCCUGUGAAGCAUUUGCCUGCCAACAUUGAUCCUUUCCUGUGCACACAUCUGAUCUACGCGUUCUCCAUCAUUAACUCUGCAAAUCAGCUGGCCACCUACGAGUGGAACGAUGAGACUCUCUACCAAUCUUUCAAUAGCCUGAAGCAAAGUAAUCCAAGCUUGAAGACACUUUUGGCUGUUGGAGGAUGGAAUUUUGGUUCAAACCAAUUCUCUACCAUGGUGUCCACACAAGACAACAGAAAUACAUUCAUCCAGUCCUCCAUCAGCUUUCUCAGAAAGUAUGGAUUUGAUGGCCUGGACCUGGACUGGGAGUAUCCUGGAGCCCGUGGCAGUCCUCCAGAGGACAAGCAAAGGUUCACUCUGCUCUGUCAGGAGCUUCGACAGGCCUAUGAGGCUGAAAGCAGUGCUACAGGACAUCCCCGGCUUAUGGUCACAGCUGCAGUAGCUGCUGGGAAAUCAACUAUAGAUGCUGGAUAUGAAAUUGCUGAGAUUGCCAAGUACCUGGACUUCAUUAGCGUGAUGACCUAUGACUUUCAUGGGUCUUGGGAAAGUUUCACUGGACACAACAGUCCUCUGUAUCAAUGGUCUCAGGAAACAGGAGCUCAAAUCUACCUUAAUACUAAUUACUCAAUGACAUACUGGAAGAAUCAGGGUGCUCCAGUGGAGAAGCUGAGGAUGGGUUUUGCUACCUAUGGCAGAACGUUCCAACUGUCGUCUACAGCGAGUGGCCUGGGAGCUCCAUCAAGUGGCCCUGCUUCUGCUGGCACCUACACCAGAGAGCCAGGCUUCUGGUCUUAUUAUGAGGUCUGCAGCUUCCUUCAAGGAACCAGCGUACAGUGGAUCCAGGAUCAGAAAGUACCCUACGCCACAAAAGGGGGUCAGUGGGUUGGCUUUGACACCAAGGAGAGCUUUGACACAAAGGUGACCUACCUCAAAGAUAAUAAUUUUGGAGGGGCCUUUGUGUGGGCUCUUGAUUUGGAUGAUUUUACUGGACAGUUCUGUGGACUGGGAAAAUAUCCUCUCAUCAACGAGCUCAAGAAACUGCUAAACAAUGGUCCUGCUGCUCCUCCUGCUGAAGGUCCUCCUGCUCCUCCUGCUGAAGUUCCUCUUGCUCCUCCUGCUGAAGGUCCUCCAGCUUUGACUACUGUAGCUUCUCAUCAGUUUUGUGCAACCAAGAAAGAUGGUAUCUACCCAAAUCCUUCUGACAAAAAAUCUUUCAUCCAGUGUGCUGCUGGGAGAAAAUUUGUACAACCCUGCCCUGCUAGCACCAUCUACGACAAGAGCUGCCAGUGCUGCAACUGGCCAUAAAACUGCCACAGGUUGUUACUGAACACAUGAUAUAGACAUGAUUUAAAUUACAUUUGUUACAGAUUAACAAAACAGCACAGACUUGUUUGUAAAUGGCUAUACACCUGGCUUGAUACCUGUGCAAGCAUUUUAUUUCCCUACCUGUAAAAAUAUUCCAUAAAUUUUCAAUUUUAAAUCAUUGAUCUUUUCUAAUGGGAUUUAAUUUUGUCUAGUAUUCUCUAUUUUUAAUGGUAAUGGCUUGAAAAAAUUGUUACAUAGACAUUCACACAAGUUAUGAUGCUCUUUGUUGUCAAUUGUUUUAUUCCAGAAUUAGCAAUAUGCAUUGCUAAAUGCAGUAAAAUAAAAUAAAUCACAAUAUUAUUUCUAUGAUCAAA